AUGCCGUCCUUCUACAAAAAGAGCUCCCCGUCUUUGGGUUCAGCUCCAGACCAAGUUCGAGCGCCAACCACCGAGUCUAAGCUCUCCUUACGGUCACUUUUCAGUCGCAAGGCGCGCGCUCCAGCGGUCACCGAACCACUUGCCGUUAAGGCUCAUAGCCGUCAGGCACCAGCACCGGCACUGGUACCGGAACCAGACCGGGAGCAGGAGCCCGAUUCAAUUUCAUCUGCCCUUCCCCCAACUUCAAGCUUACCCUCGCCUUCAUCACUUAGGCCAGAGCUGGAUUCAGAGAUAGAGUCGCCAAAGGAAUCACAAACCCAAGCCCAGACUACCUGGGAGGACAUCGACCCGCCGACGACUCUCCUUUCUCUCGCAGCGGAUCACUCAAUCUCAUCGGCGUCCAUCGCAUCCCGCUACCAGCAAUCCACCCAAACUGAGCCUACAGUUCCAGUUCCAACCUCAGACCCAACCACUACCAUGCUCACCUCUUCAAGCCCAUCACCCUCCACUCCCUCCCUCCUCCCCUCCUACAGCGACGUAAGCGGCGCCGUCAUCGUCGACGCCUACGGGACGCCGCGCUUCCUGACCCCACAGGAAGAACAAGAGCGCAAAGAAGCGCUGGCGCAGGCGGUCCGCGAGCGCAUGAUGGGACUGCCGAGGCGGACGGAUUUCAGUUGGGAGGCGUCAGCAACGCCGGUUCUGCCGAGCUAUAAUGCUAGUACGCCGUAUCGCCCUGUAUAUGCACGAUCUGCGGGUUAUUAG